AUGGCUUCCACUUUUAAAAUUUCUUGUAUUCAAUUGGCCGUCUCUUCUGAUAAGUCAUUAAAUCUUCAGAAUGCAAAAAAGAGAAUUUUAGAAGCAUCAAAGAAUGGAGCAAAACUUAUUGUACUGCCGGAAUGUUUCAAUUCAACUUACGGGACGCAAUAUUUCGAUCAAUUCGCCGAAUAUAUUCCUAAUGGGGAAAGUGUCAGGACUCUUUCGGCGGCAGCCAAGGAGGCUAACGCCUACGUUGUUGGAGGUACCAUAAAUUUUCAUUUGCCCGUGUUUUCUUGUCAAAUGAUUGAUGAAUCCGCCGAUAAGUCACACGCACACUGCAUCUUAGGGUCUAUCCCGGAAAGAGAAGAAUCUUCCGGAAAAUUGUAUAAUACUUGCACCGUCUAUGACCCGGAAGGAAAUUUGAUUGCAAAGCAUCGCAAGGUUCAUCUAUUUGACAUUGAUAUUCCUGGCAAGAUUACUUUCCAAGAGAGUGCGAUUCUGAGUCCUGGAAACUCCUUGACAUACUUUGACACAGAGUAUGGUAAGAUUGGUGUGGGAAUAUGUUAUGACAUUCGAUUUCCGGAGAUGGCUAUGAUAGCCGCUCGAAAAGGAUGUAUCGCAAUGAUUUAUCCCGGUGCCUUUAAUCUCACCACCGGUCCGUUGCACUGGGAACUUUUGCAAAGAGCUCGGGCCGUGGAUAAUCAAUUCUAUGUGGCGACAUGUUCUCCAGCUAGAGAUAUGAAUUCAUCUUAUAAUGCAUGGGGUCAUUCCACUGUUGUAGAUCCAAAUGGUCAGAUUCUCGCGACGACAGAAUCCGAGGAAGAUACCAUCUACGCAGACAUAGAUCUAGAAUAUCUGAGAACUAUUCGCCAAUCCAUUCCUGUUAGUAGUCAAAGACGAUUUGACCUAUAUCUUGAUGUUGCAACCGGAUCCGAAAAAUAA